AUGACCCUUGCACCUGUGCAGAACCCUGGUCAGUUUAAAGUGUAUUCUGGUGGACUUGCAUGGAAGAGACAAGGUGGAGGAAAGACCAUCGAAAUUGACAAAGCUGAUGUAACCGCAGUUACUUGGAUGAAAGUCCCCAAAGCAUAUCAGCUUGGAGUCAGGAUUAAGGAUGGCCUGUUCUACAGAUUUAUUGGCUUCCGUGAACAGUCAUUUCUAAGAGUAUGCUUUGACUUUUCAGUAAAGAUGAAUGAAAACAUGCUAACCUUUAUGGUUGGUUCAAAGCAAGCAUUUGAAGUAUCCCUAGCAGAUGUUGCACAAACCCAGAUGCAAGGGAAAACAAAUAUUCUCUUAGAGUUUCAUGUUGAUGAUACUACUGGAGCCAAUGAGAUGUGGAAAUAUAGAACUGAGCCGAUGAAGGAGCAGCUGAUGGAGGUGGGGGAGCACGAGCGCUUCCCCUUCAUCACGUAG